AUGGAAGCAAGCUCUUCAACCAAUUCAAGCUUGAGGAGGAGAGCUCCAUUGAGGUGCUACUAUGCUGAAAAACCAGUGUUCGUCGUUUCGUGGACAGUAAACAACCCUGGCAGAAAGUUUUAUGGCUGUCCAAACUACUGGGUUGGGCGAAAGUGUAAAUUCUUUCAAGGGUGUGAUGAUGAGAUAUGUGAAUGUGGUAAGGUGCUCAUCCCAGAGCAAAGGCAACGGAUUAUCAGAUUAGAGGCCGAGGUUGCAAAAUGCUACAAGAGAGAGAAGUUUUACACCGUGGCUUUGGCAUUCUUAUUGGCGAUAUGUGGGAUUUGUCUCUAUAAUUGUAUGCGUAGUUAG